GGCUGCGGGCGGAAAGGGGGGGGGGGGGGGCCGGUCCUCCGCCCUGGCCCCGCCGCAGGGCCACCCGGCCGCGACACAGACGCCAGCCACGAGCCAGAGCGGAGAGCAGAAGCCAAGCGCGCUGAGAGCUGGCCAGCCUGGCCUGGUUCCCACCAUGAGUGCAGAGCUUAAUGUGCCCAUGGACCCCUCCACCGCUGCCUGCCCUGAACCUGGCCACAAGGGCAUGGAUUACCGAGACUGGGUCCGACGCAGCUACCUGGAACUGGUCACCUCUAACCACCAUUCGGUGCAGGCCCUGUCCUGGAGGAAGUUGUAUCUGAGCAGGGCCAAGCUGAAAGCUUCCAGCCGGACCUCUGCCCUCCUCUCUGGCUUCGCCAUGGUGGCCAUGGUGGAGGUGCAGCUGGAAACAAAGUACCAGUACCCACAGCCCCUGCUCAUCGCCUUCAGCGCCUGCACCACGGUGCUGGUGGCUGUGCACCUGUUCGCCCUGCUCAUCAGCACAUGCAUCCUGCCCAACGUGGAAGCCGUGAGCAACAUCCACAACCUCAACUCCAUCAGCGAAUCGCCGCACGAGCGCAUGCACCCCUACAUCGAGCUUGCCUGGGGCUUUUCCACCGUUUUGGGCAUCCUGCUCUUCCUGGCUGAGGUAGUUCUGCUCUGCUGGAUCAAGUUCCUCCCAGUGGACGCCAAGGAUCAGCCAGGCUCCCACAGCCACACGGGCUGGCAGGCCGCGCUGGUGUCCACCAUCAUCAUGGUCCCAGUGGGUCUCAUUUUCGUGGUCUUCACGAUCCACUUCUACCGCUCCCUGGUGCGGCAUAAGACCGAACGCCACAACCGCGAGAUCGAGGAGCUCCAUAAACUGAAGGUGCAGCUGGACGGGCACGAGAGGAGCCUGCAGGUGGUGUGAGCGAGGCCCGCAAGGGGAGCGCGCCCCUCAGCGCGGUCUUAGCCACGCAGCUGGUAGGAGUAGCCAAGGGGCUGCCAGACAAACCCCCGGCUGCAUGAAAACCCCCCAUGGCGUCACAAGAGCCACAGUGGGGACUGCUAAGCAGACUGCCCCGAUGCUGCCCCGAUAACUCCAUACUCCUGUCCUCGCAUGAAUAAGGGUCUAAAGGAAUGAGAGGACCAGCCAUCGCAUCAUGGAGGCCGGAGGAAGAACCACGAUCACACGGCCCUGGGGACUUCCUGGGUCCCAGCAUACCAGAGUUCAUGGUAGAUCGCAGAUAUCUGGACCUUGUGAUUGGCGGGGCAGGACAGUGAAUUUCCAAGGCCAGCUGGGGACCUGGGGCUCAGCUGAUUAGUCGGGUGCUUGCCUAGCGUGCAGGAAGCCCUAGGUUUGAACCAC